AGAGAGAGAGAGUGUGUGUGUGUGUGUGUGUGUGAGAGAGAGAGAGAGAGAGAGUGUAUGUAUGAGAAAGAGAGAGAGUGUGUGUGUGUGAGAGAGAGAGAGAAAGAGAGAGAGUGUAUGUAUGACAAAGAGUGUGUGUGUGUGUGUGUGUGUGUGUGUGAGAGAGAGAGAGAGAGUAUGUAUGAGAAAGAGAGUGUGUGUGUGUGAGAGAGAGAGUGUGUGUGAGAGAGAGAGAGAGUGUAUGUAUGAGAGUGUGUGUGUGUGUGUGUGUGUGAGAGAGAGAGAGUGUGUAUGAGAGAGAGAGUGUAUGUAUGUGUGAGUGUGUGUGUGUGUGUGUGUGUGUGUGUGUGUGUGUGUGAGAGAGAGAGAGAGAGAGAGCAAGCGUGUAUGUAUGAGAGAGAGAAUGUGUGUGUGUGUGUGUGUGUGUGAGAGAGAGAGAGAGAGAGAGAGAGCAUGUAUGUAUGAAAGAGAGUGUGUGUGUGUGAGAGAGAGAGAGAGAGAGCGUGUAUGUAUGAGAGAGAGAGAGAGUGUGUGUGUGUGUGUGUGUGUGAGAGAGAGAGAGAGAGAGAGAGCAUGUAUGUAUGAGAGAGAGAGAGAGUGUGUGUGUGUGUGAGAGAGAGAGAGAGAGAGAGAGAGAGAGAGCGAGAGCGUAUGUAUGAGAGAGAGAGUGAGUGUGUGUGUGUGUGUGUGAGAGAGAGAGAGAGAGAGAGAGAGAGAGCGAGAGCGUAUGUAUGAGAGAGAGAGUGAGUGUGUGUGUGUGUGUGUGUGAGAGAGAGAGAGAAAGUGUAAGAGAGACAGCAUGUAUGUAUGAGAGAGAGAGAGAGAGAGAGUAAGAGAGAGCGUGUAUGUAUGAGAGAGAGAGAGAGAGAGAGUAAGAGAGAGCGUGUAUGUAUGAGAGAGAGAGUGAGUGUGUGUGUGAGAGAGAGAGAGAGACAGAGAGAGAGAGAGAGUAAGAGAGAGAGAGCGUGUAUGUAUGAGAGAGAGAGAGAGAGAGAGAGAGAGAGAGCGUGUAUGUAUGAGAGUGUGUGUGUGUGUGUGUGUGUGUGUGUGUGCAUUUCCAGUUGAACCGCUGCAGGGAUUAGUGGGCAGGAGCAGGCUGACCGGGCCGUGUGUGUUCAUGCCCCGGAGGUUUAGCAGUUCGCCAUGGCGCUGUGGACGGACCGAGCCUUGCCUUGGUUUAUCAGUCUGCUCGGUGUGUUAGUUCUGGCACCGGUUCCGGUUCUGUCGUGUCCGAGCCGCUGUCUCUGUUUCCGCACCACAGUCAGAUGUAUGCACUUAAAUCUGGAAACGGUGCCCACCGUCUUGCCUCAGACUACAAUCCUAGACCUGAGGUUUAACAAAAUUAAAGACUUGCAGCCGGGCUCUUUCAGACGACUGAGGAACCUCAACACGCUCCUUUUAAACAACAACCACAUCAGAAGAAUCCCAAAAGGAACGUUUGAGGACUUGGAGAACUUGAAAUAUCUCUAUUUGUACAAGAAUGAAAUCCAAUCGAUAGACCAACACGCAUUCAAGGGUCUUGUCUCUCUAGAACAACUAUAUCUCCAUUUCAACAACAUCGAAGCAUUAGAACCCGAGUCCUUCAUUCACUUGCCCAAACUGGAACGGCUGUUUUUGCACAACAACAGAAUAACACACCUUGCACUGGGGACUUUCUCCCAUCUACAGUCCAUGAAGAGACUGCGUCUGGACUCAAACACACUGAAUUGUGACUGCGAGCUUUUAUGGCUGGCAGACCUACUGAAGCAGUACACCGAGUCUGGCAAUGCCCAGGCUGCUGCCACGUGUGAAUACCCCAGCCGCCUGCAGGGCCGAUCUGUGGCCACCCUCACUGCAGAGGAGCUCAACUGUGAGGUUCCUCGGAUCACAUCUGAGCCACAGGAUGUGGACGUGACCUCAGGGAACACUGUGUACUUCACAUGCAGGGCGGAGGGCAAUCCCAAACCCCAGAUCAUCUGGCUAAGAAAUAACAACGCCCUUAACAUGGGAGAUGACUCGCGUCUGAAUCUUCUGGAAGACGGCACGCUGAUGAUUCAGGACCCGAGGGAAACUGACCAGGGCGUGUACCAGUGCAUGGCCAAAAAUGUCGCCGGCGAGGUCAAAACAGGAGAGGUCACCUUGCGCUACUUUGGCACACCAUCUCCGCCUACUUUCGUGAUCCAGCCUCAGAACACAGAGGUGCUGGUGGGACAGAGUGUGACUCUGGAGUGCAGUGCCACAGGGCAGCCUCAUCCUCGGGUGACAUGGACUAGAGGAGACCACAGCGCUCUACCCAGCGAUCCUCGCAUCAGCAUCACAUCCUCGGGAGGGCUUUAUAUCCAGAAUGUCAACCAGGCUGAUGGAGGCCAGUACACCUGCUACGCCAGCAAUAAUAUGGGCACCAUCCACGCCACUGCCUACAUCAUAGUGCAGGCUGUUCCUCAGUUCACAGUGACCCCACAGGACCAGUCGGUGUUAGAAGGUCAAACAGUGGAUUUCCCCUGUGAAGCUACAGGCUAUCCUCAGCCUGUCAUAGCCUGGACACGCAGCGGCAGUCCUCUCCAGGUUGAUGGGCACCAUGUGGUCCUGUUCACCGGCACACUGCGUAUUUCUCGAGUGGCUCCUCAUGACCAGGGCCAGUAUGAGUGUCAGGCUGUCAACGUUGUUGGCUCUGUUAGAGCAGCUGUGCAACUUAACAUCCAACAAAGAGUAACGCCUGUUUUCACAAAUGCUCCAAGGGACAUGACUGUGGAGUCUGGUAAUGAUGUCCAGAUUCCAUGCAGCGCUCAUGGAGAGCCCCCACCAGUCAUCACCUGGAACAAGGACGGUGUUCAGGUGACAGAGAGUGGGAAGUUUCACAUCAACCCCGAUGGUUAUCUGGGGGUGAAUGAUGUGGGUCUUGCUGAUGGGGGGCGUUAUGAGUGUGUGGCUCGUAACUCCAUUGGAUACUCAUCCGCUAGCAUGAUUCUAACUGUGCAAGUACCGCAGGUAAGCAGAGAGGGAGAUCCGUUUGUCUCGACGUCUCUCGAGGAAGCCAUCCGCAGCAUAGACAGCGCCAUUGAUUCCACCAGGAGGCAACUCUUUGACGGCUCCCCCCGCACUCCUGGUGAGCUGCUGGCAUUGUUCCGCUAUCCACGCGACCCUUACACAGUGGAACAGGCCCGAGCCGGAGAGAUCUUUGAGCAAACUCUCCUCCUCAUUCAGCGGCAUGUCAACCAGGGCCUGAUGGUGGACACCAAUGGGACAGCUUUCCGUUACAAUGACCUGGUGUCGCCACGCUUCUUGGACAUGAUCGCGAACCUGUCCGGCUGUACAGCUCACCGCCGCUUCAACAACUGCUCCGACAUCUGCUUCCAUCAGAAGUACCGCAGCCAUGAUGGCACAUGCAACAACCUGCAGCACCCCAUGUGGGGCGCCUCGCUCACCGCCUUCGAACGCUUGUUAAAGUCUGUCUAUGACAACGGCUUCAACUUGCCACGCGGUGCCACAGAGAGACUCCACAAUGGCUUUUAUCUGCCUCUGCCACGCCUCGUCUCCACCACCAUGAUAGGCACAGAGAGGAUUACUCCUGACGAGCGAUACACACACAUGCUCAUGCAGUGGGGCCAGUUCCUGGAUCAUGACCUGGACUCCACCGUAGUAGCACUCAGUCAGUCUCGUUUCUCCGAUGGCCAGCUGUGCACAUCGGUCUGUACCAAUGACCCGCCCUGCUUCCCUGUCAUGUUCCCACGCGAUGAUCCACGGCAACGGAGGACCGAUGCCCGCUGCAUGUUCUUUGUCCGCUCGAGCCCAGUGUGUGGUAGUGGCAUGACUUCACUGCUCAUGAACUCGGUGUACCCUCGCGAGCAGAUCAACCAACUGACGUCCUACAUUGAUGCUUCCAAUGUGUACGGCAGCUCGCAUCAUGAAGCAGAUGAGAUACGAGACCGGGCCGGACAUCGGGGCAUGCUGCGGCAAGGUAUUGUCCAGCGCACGGGAAAACCGCUGCUGCCUUUCGCCAGUGGGCCACCCACAGAGUGCAUGCGUGACGAGAACGAGAGCCCCAUUCCUUGCUUCCUGGCUGGGGAUCACCGUGCCAACGAGCAGUUGGGCCUCACAGCCAUGCACACGGUGUGGUUCCGUGAGCAUAACCGUAUCGCCAGAGAGCUGCUGCGCCUCAACCCGCACUGGGAUGGAGACACCAUUUACCACGAGGCACGCAAGAUCGUGGGCGCCCAGAUGCAGCACAUCACCUACAGUCACUGGCUGCCCAAAAUACUAGGUGAAGCCGGCAUGAAAAUGAUGGGCAGCUACCGCGGCUACGACCCCAACGUCAACGCAGGAAUCUUUAACGCCUUCGCCACAGCUGCAUUCCGCUUUGGCCACACCCUCAUCAAUCCCAUUUUGUACCGGUUAGGUGAAAAUUUCCAGCCCAUCCAGCAAGGCCACAUAGCUCUGCACAAGGCUUUCUUCUCGCCCUUCCGUAUUGUAAACGAGGGAGGCAUCGACCCCCUGUUGCGUGGACUGUUUGGCGUGGCAGGAAAGAUGCGAGUAUCCACACAGCUGCUCAACACCGAGCUGACAGAGCGCCUUUUCUCCAUGGCCCAUGCUGUGGCGUUGGACCUCGCUGCAAUAAACAUCCAAAGAGGACGUGACCAUGGCAUCCCUCCCUACAAUGACUACAGAGUGUUCUGCAAUCUCACCUCAGCACACACUUUUGAUGACCUGAGAAAUGAAAUUCACAGUUCCACCGUUCGGGAGAAGCUUGAGGAGCUCUAUGGCACACCGUUGAACAUCGAUCUGUUCCCUGCUUUGAUGGCUGAGGAUCUUGUUCCUGGGAGCAGACUGGGGCCGACUCUCAUGUGUCUUCUGGCUGCACAGUUUAAGCGGCUCAGAGACGGUGACAGAUUCUGGUACGAGAACCCUGGUGUGUUUAGCCCAGCUCAGUUGACUCAGCUGAAGCAGGCAUCUCUCACCCGGGUGCUGUGUGACAACGGAGACAACAUUACCCGCAUUCAGUCUGACGUCUUCACUGUGGCAGAGUUCCCUCGAGCAUAUGGAAACUGUGAGGAUGUGCCCAAGAUCGACCUGCGGAUGUGGCAGGACUGCUGUGAAGACUGCCGCACCAAAGGUCAGUUCAAUGCCCUGUCCUAUCACUUCAGAGGCCGCCGGUCAGUGGAGCACAGCUACGUAGACGAGAAUCCUUCUAGAAAGUUGCAGGAUGAUCACAGCCAUAUUGAUGAUGACAGAACCAUCAUAAAUGCAACUCUUUCCUCAAAGUCAAACACUGAACCGCCAGUAAAUGACUUCCAGGACUUUGUUAUGGACAUGCAGAAGACGAUCACUAGUUUACGAAAGCAGAUAAAAAGACUUGAAGUCCGUCUGAGUAAGACAGACUGCACUGAUGAAGAGGGAAGACAGCGGGGGAACAGAGAGGCCUGGAAGAAAGACCCCUGCACCACAUGCGAGUGCAGAGAGGGCCAGGUGACAUGUUUUGUGGAGAAGUGUCCGCAAACAUCAUGUCCAAAGCCUGAGACACUGAAAGGUGUUUGCUGUCCUGUGUGCCUCGAACAGCCAUCAAAAAAGCAGGCCGAAGAACAUCACGUAUAACCUCAGGAACACCGAAGCAUUCAAAGACGAGACUUAACCGAUGCGACCUGCCGCAUCUACAUGCCUGACUGUUUUUAUUUCGUUUUGUUGUUUUUUAACCCCAUAUCUCCAGGCAUGCCAUGAGCUGCCCAUGUUGCCACAUUAUCCACUUUUAAAAUAACAGAUGAAUCAAUGGAUGAACAGAUGAAUGCCUAGAGGAUGUUUUCUUCAUCUCUUCCUCUAUCAGGCCUGACCAAAGGGACCACAGGCCUUUAGAGACCACCGGAUGUGUUGGCCUGACCCUUCCUGCCCCAUCGUGUGCACUGAAGAGAAAGGAUUACAGUACAAAUCGAGCUUGAACUAAUCCGUUAUCAGUCACAUAGUCUCUAAAAAGCGUUCUCAGGUCAGAGAUGGCAAAUGGUGCUACUUCCCCAACAUUAAUACAUAUAUAGGUAUUGCUUUCUACUUUUUUUUUCUUUCUACAAUGUUUUUACACAGUAUGCAAAAUGUUAUGCACACUCAGUAUGUGCCUUCCAAGGGUGUUCCUGGUUUCAUAAUUAUACAAAAGACAUUUUAUAGGAAAAAAAAUACUAGAGUUACUCCAGCUUUUACUAAACUUUUAUGGUGCUUUCUUAUCAUUUAAUGAGUAUAUAACUUUACACAUGCAUCCACCUUUGUAUCAAUCUCUUGUAUAUGAAGAUAAUGUGAAUAUAUUGAAAAAUAUAUUUGUAAUUGAAGAAAGUCUACUGAUCACCAAAUGUUUCGUUCUAGUAGCAACUGGUUAACAUCUGGUGCUUUUCAUAAUUGCUUGUUUUUCCCUGACACUAAACAUUUCACAGGGGCAGAAGUGUAGUAGCUGAGGUAAAUAGGCCUUUGUGCUAGAUAGUGUUACAUCAGGAUCUCGCAAUGUUAGUUUCAGUUAAACACAUUGGUCUGUAGACAUCUUGCUCACCAGUGCAGUAUUUCCAGCCUGUUUCGGAAAGGUUUACUGCCAGCGAGUCCCAUCUCUGUUUGAACAGGUUCACCACAGUGUUGAAGAAGGGCAUUGCCUCAUUAGAGUGCUGCACAGAUUUCAUGCUCAUGUCAGCAUGAUUUCCUCUGUGCAGUUUUUUUUUGGUCAUUUCCUGGAGGAAUUGGCUGUACAUUACUCUUGGAUCAUUCUUUAUUGCGAUGUAAGGGUCUGCUCCAUUUCACUGUCAUUCACUGCCCUUCCUUUGUUUAUUUUAUUUAUAGAUGUAGUGGAUUAUGUUAGAGUAUAGAGACCUGAUGGCAUGUAGAUCAACACUCCCUGUCUAUUUUUCACCCCCUCUACUCACCCAACUCAGAAAUAGCCUUAUAUAAGGUAACCCGUGACUUCCAGUCUUUGCUCAUUUCCCUCUCUCUGUGGCUUGCCUGUAUAUAGUCAGAACAUUUGGCUGAAGGUUUUUUCUCUGGAAUUAGUAGAAGGCAUGUGAACAGCGCUGACGUCAUGUUAGAGAAUGUGACACACUCUGACCUUAAUUUUGCUCAAAUUAAAGCCAUAUGAAAUAGAAGAGAGGCAAUGUUUUUAUGUGAAACAGAAGAAUAAUACUGUGGAAGCCAUAAGAAUAACCGAAAAUCCCAAAUUUACUAACAGGCACAUUAACAGUUCAGUUACUCACAGGGUAUGUCUUGGUCUCUGAUUGGCCAGCAUGUGGUAUAUUUUGCAGGUUGUAAGACUUGGAAUGUAGUGUUGGGUAAUUGUGUUUCUAGCGAACAGCAAAAUUGUAGUAUUAUUUUUUGUUUGUUAUUGUGUAUCUGCUUGCUUUCUUUAUUCUGCCUCCCCGCAACUUAACGAAGAGGGCUUGCUGUUCCUCUGUGCUCUCUGUGUUCCCAUGCUCCAGACUAAUUUCAGUUCUCAUUCAACACUAUUACCCCAGACUCUGACCUCUGCCCCAAACUGCCCAUAUGCAAUGCAAUGCACUGCCCUGCACGACUGAACAAACUGAACCCAGGGGUCAGAAUGAUUUCCUGAUAUUUUGUAUUGUAUUUCUGCCAAAGAUUGUUUGCACUGUAUUGUAUGCCUCUCAACAAUAAUAAAAUGAACACACUUGACAUAAAAA